AUGAAGUGGAUAAACAAGGAAUCUGAAUCUCCAGGAGCUAUUACUGAUUCAGGAAGUAGCGUAGGUACUGAUUGGAAUUUAAUAAAUAAUUUCCUGGAUCAAAGAGAUGACUUUCUUUUAAAAAAGUAUUUAGAUUCUUGCAAAGUCCGCAUAAUUUCUAUUAUUGAUGAGAAGGGCUUUACAUUGCUUCACCAUGCUACACUUAAGUGCAGAGCGGGUAAAAUUUAGUUUCUUCUAUAUUAUGCCAGAGAAAAGCAGAAAGAGACAGAAGAAUCUAUAAAUAUGUGGAUUAACUUUUAAAGCUUCAAGGAUAAAUUUACUGCUCUCCACUUUGCUUCUUUUAAGGGGUGCAUCCCAGUCAUUAAACUACUAAUAUAGAAUGGAGCAAAUUUAAACUGUGUCAAUACAUUUGGACUUGAUGUCCUUCAUGUUGCUGCAUAAGGAGACGCAGGAGCAUCUAUUUACUAUUUCGUUAAUGUAUGCAAAAAAGAUAUAAACAGCAGUGAUUUUAGAAAAAGCACCCCACUUCACUGGGCUUGCUAUUCUUCUUCGGAAGUAGCUAUAUCCUAUAUAUUAUCCUAGAAUCCAUCAAUUAAUGAAUAAGAUAUGGAUAACCUUACCCCUCUGCAUCUUGCGGUCAAAACUGCUGAUUAGAUGAAUAGUACAAGAAUGGUGAGAUACUUGCUGAUGAGAGGGGCAAGAAUAGACAUAACAGAUAAUAAAAAUAUGAAACCAAUAGAUUAUUUAUAAGAAGUAAAAUUAGUUGACCUUAGAAACCAGCUUCAAUCUUUAUUAAGAGAAACUAAUAGACUUGGCUAUCUAAAUGUAAAAGCACCGAAAACUUAAGUGAAAAGAAACAAUAAAAUGGUCCUACUUUAUGUGCUCCUAAAUAUCUAUGUCUUCACUAUCCUAAUAAUAUUUACUUUUGUUUAAUUUAUUGACUUACUUGAGACAUUUGAGGCUUCUUAACUUUGCUCUGACUGUAAGGUGAUUAGGACUACCAGAUCAAGACACUGUGUAAUCUGUAAUCUAUGUGUUGAGCGCUUUGAUCAUCAUUGUCCUUGGAUUAAUAAUUGUAUUGGAAUUGGAAACCAUUUUUAUUUCCUCUUAUAUGUGUUGUUCUAAGAAGUACUAACUGUAUUUAUACUUGUUUAUACAAUGCUUGUUGUUUUAAGAGGAGUAGAUCAAUAUAAUGAUGAAUAAGAGUACGAAACUCACAUUUUUUACUUUGGAGAUUUUCAGUUUAUGAAAGCUUUAUUUUAUCUCUUCAAUAUAAAUAUAAUAGUAAUAACUAUAGGAUUUGCUCUGCCUGUCACGCAAGACAACCAGCGAGAGAUUUGGUAAAAAUAGAAAAUCAGUAUUAGAAACUUAGUCUAAGACAGUAAGUUAAGGAGUAAAAACUCUUAGCAGUGGGAAGCAAAGCUCGUUCUCUGCAAAAAGGCCUAAUAAUUAAUUGACUGGAGAAAAACACUCAUUGCUUAAUUAGAGUAUCUAAGAAGACGAAAGUGA